UCAAAGCACAAGAGUAGUUUUGGAAGACGACUGAUCAUGACAUGCUACUUCAUUGUGUUGCUUUCCUCAAAAAUAUUCUGCUCGACUGAUUUUGAUGUUGUUCAGGAAGAUAAUGUAAAAAUAGUUAAAGCUGGCUGGGAUGUAAAAUUUACCUGCACAUUUUCAUGGCAAAUACAAUUGACAAAAGCAUGGAUUAAACAUACAACUGAUGGAAAAUCCCAACAAAUUGUGUCUUUAUAUGGAAGUCAAAAACCAAGCUGGAAUCCUAAGUUUGAGAAUACAAAUCGCUUUAAUGCUGACAAAGGAGAUAAUUUCUUUAAUCUGACGAUUUUAAAGACAACCCUGUCAGACUCUGCAACAUAUUACUGUGUAGUUUCAUCAUAUCAGGCCACUGGAUUGGUUUCAGGAACUCGAUUACUUGUCAGAGACUCAGCCACAGACAGAAACACAACUCUUCAUCAGUCUUUGAUAGACUCUGUUGAUCCAGGAGAUUCAGUGAAUUUGCAGUGCAGCAUCUUCACUGAGAGCUGUGCAGGGGAUCAUAGCGUCUACUGGUUCAAGCAAAGCUCAGGAGACUCAGUAAAGUACCGUACACAGUAAAAAAUUUCUUCCUGUUGUCCCAACAUGAAUCGAUUAAGUUAAUUUACUUAUUUUUAUAAAUUCAAGCGGAUUGAGCAAAGCA